AUGGGAUUUAGAGAUUUUAAACUUUUCAAUUUGGCUUGUUUGGCCAAGCAAGUUUGGAGAUUGUUGAAAAAUCCUUCUAGUCUUUGGGCGAGACUUAUAAAGGGCUUAUACUUCUCCCAUUCUUCUUUAUGGUCAGCUCCGGCAGCUUCUCGAGGCUCUUGGGUUUGGCAAAGCCUAUUAGCAGGCCGUGAUGUUUUGAAAGAAGGGAUUCGGUUUAAUAUAGCUGACGCUGAUCUCAUUGAUCAUAGCAUUCUUCAGUGGAAAUCUCCUCUUCUAUCAUCUCUCUUUAAUGAAGCAGAUGCUUGUAUGAUAGGCUCUAUUCCUAUUGCUCCUUUAGGUAAUGAAGACUCCUUGGUGUGGCACUUUGAUAACUCAGGCUUAUAUUCUGUUAGGUCGGGCUAUAGAUUUUUGGUGCAACCAAAAAUUCGGGUCUUUCUUUGGAAAGCUAUGCGGAAUGCCUUACCAGUUCGUGAAAACCUUGCAAAACGUUCUGUUCCCAUUCACCCUUCCUGCCCUAUCUGUACUGCAGAUAUUGAGACCAUUGAGCAUAUGCUCUUUUGGUGCGACAUGCUAGAGCUAUGUGCAAUUACUUGCUCGAUCAUUUGGAAAGAUCGUAACAGAGCUAUUUUCGAGAACUACCAAUUAAAUCCUCGAGAAUUAGCUCUUCGUAUUCAUGCUAGCCUCUUGGAAUUGGAGCAAGCCCUAACUAUUAGGAUUCCUCCAAUUCCUGAAACCUUUCCUCCCUCUUCUACAGUUUCUUGGAAUCCCCCACCCCAAGGAGUUUUGAAAUUAAAUUUUGAUGUUGCUUAUAAUUGUCAAGUGGCUUCUAUUGUAGUAGUGGUGAGAAAUUUCAAAGUUGAGAUCAUUGAUGGGGUAGCAAAGCAAGUUAUUCGAGCUAACUCUCUAGCUGGAGAAGCGCAGACUCUCUUAGAAGCAGUUUUGCUGGCUAAGAACAUUGGUGCUACCUCAUUCAUCUUUGAAUCAGACUCAACUUUGCUCAUUUCAGCUUUAUCCGAUCCUUUAUUCACAAAUUGGCAUAUUCGAGCUUCAGUUGCAGCAAUUAAAAAUAUCACCACUUGUUUUAGAGAAGUGCAAUUCUCUUUGAUUAAAAGGCAAGCAAACAAAGCAGCGGACUGUGUAGCAAAACUUUUGUUUAAGAAUUCAUUGCUUUGUAAUUGGAUUUAUAAUUUGCCAUCAGAAUUAUGCUCUAUAUUGUCUGUUGAUGGCCUUGGGGCUAGUUAA